AUGCCAUUGUGAUCGAAAUCUGAUUUCUGGAUUGUGGUAUACUGAUUACGGUGGUGGUAUUAAUUAUUUCGAAACAAACGAAAAUGGCUUCGUUGUGCAGGCAAAUUAUUCGAGGAAAUGCCCUCAAAAGUGUUCUUCUUUCUUCAGCCCGACGGGGAUUCGCUGAUAAAAUGAUGGUGGAUCCAAUGGAACAUGCCACUGGUUUGGAGAAGAAGGAAUUGCUAGCGUUACAAUCAGGAAAUGAUGACCCUUUCAACAUGAAAGUGUUGAAGAAAGCUGCUGGCACUCGUGAUAACCCUACAUUAGUACCCUCAUGCUUUGAUGCCCGUAUUGUUGGUUGUAUAUGUGAGGAGCAUUCCACAAGCAUCAAUUGGCUCUGGGUACAUAAGGAUCAUCCUCGUCGGUGUGAAUGUGGGCACUGGUACAAACUUAUCGAGAAGACGCCGCUUUAAACCAAUUUUUAGUUGACAAUUAUUAGUAGUAUACCAGAGAAACAUGAACGCAUCUGCCUGCACAGGAUUUAGUAUUUAAAUCCACAGUUCCUGCUUGUGUGAAACAAAACUCUGCACAGAUGCGAUAUUAAUCAUAUUCGUGAAAUCAUUAAAAUAAUAAUUUUAAGUGAACCAGUGUUUUAUUCAUGUUACCUAAGUGCAGUGUUUUGUUAAGGGAAUUAUUAAUUUAUGUAGUUAUUAAAGUACUGAUGUUGU